CGGCCCCGCCGGCCGGGGCGCGGGGGGAGCGCGGCGGGGAUGGGAGGAGGAAAUCCUGUGAAUGUCAUCGCGGGCCGGCGAGGGAGCGCGGCUGGAGACAAGGCUCCGCGGGCAGACACCCUGUGCGCGGCCGGCGGGGGCAGAGCCCACCACCGGCACGCCACAAAGGAACCGGCCCUGCCAAUGUCAUCGGCCAUCGAGAGGAAAAGCCUCGAUCCUUCCGAGGAGCCAGUGGAUGAAGUCCUCCAGAUCCCCCCUUCUCUGCUGACAUGUGGAGGGUGCCAGCAGAACAUUGGGGACCGGUAUUUCCUGAAGGCCAUCGACCAGUACUGGCACGAGGACUGUCUGAGCUGCGACCUCUGUGGCUGCAGGCUCGGCGAGGUUGGGAGACGCCUCUACUACAAACUGGGCAGAAAACUCUGCAGGAGGGACUAUCUCAGGCUUUUUGGCCAGGACGGGCUCUGCGCCUCCUGCGACAAGCGAAUCCGGGCCUACGAGAUGACCAUGAGGGUGAAGGACAAGGUGUAUCACCUGGAAUGCUUCAAAUGCGCUGCCUGCCAGAAACACUUCUGUGUUGGGGACAGAUAUCUCCUCAUCAACUCGGACAUAGUGUGUGAACAGGACAUCUACGAGUGGACUAAGAUCAAUGGGAUGAUCUAGCAAGGACGUGUCUCAGAGUCUGUCACAGACAUCUCACGGGCGAUGCCGGUGCCCGGCUGCAGUGAGGAGAUGACAAUGGAGCUGUGGAAUUUAAAAUGGGGGGAAACACCACAGAGUCGGCCCUUUGCAGGCAGUGCCACGUAGAAUGUAAACUACACAUAGGUGAAGGAGGGAGAGCAAAGCAAUAGUAGAUAGACUGACUUGUGGUGACCACAUGGACAGUAACUGACAUCAGCCACGGGGACAAACACAACUCCAUAACCAAUUCUCCCAACUGGGAAAGAGUAGGGACUUCUGUAAAGAGAUGUUAUGAUGUCAUCACCUGCAGACUAGGAUUGUGCAAUUAAAUUUUCUUUUUGUCUUGUUUUAAUUAAUUAAGUUUAGACUACAGCUCCCAAAUUAGGUGUGAGGAGGAAUACUGGAAGAAAAGAACCAUCCCUGACGUGGUCAUUCCACAUGGCCUUCCACUUUGGAUGGGAAAGAAAGCAGGAAGAGAGUGGGGGUUAUUUUUGCAUGGAUUUUUUGUUUUUCCUUUGGGAAUGAACAGUGCAUCCUCUAGUCCCAAACUCUUCUUUUAAAAAAUCCUGCUGAAUAGUUGUUUUCAGGCACUGCUGUUUUGAGAUGAGAUGUUCCCCAGAUCAUUUCUAUACAAAUAUAAAUCUAAAGAGUUGUUCAACUAUUUUAUUAACUUAGAUUAUAUCAAUAAAAUAUUCGUUGUGUGUAGUAAGACUCUGCAGCUUUAAUAAAAAUAAUGGAAGAAUU